GGGACCACCGCAGCGGGGGCGGGGGAGAGGGGCGCGCGGGGCAGUGCGGGCGGCGAGGUCUGGGCAAGGACCGAACCCCUGCCUCUGCCGGCCGGGCACUCGCGACUCCGGGGAGUUGUCGCUCCCUCUCGGUUCCUCGCUCUCGCCGAGCUCCCGCAGGGGCGGCUGCCUCCAGGACCGACCAGGGUCAAGUGGCUCUCGGCGGGCACUACAUGGCUGAGGGCAAAGGGUACUUUGCCAUGGCAGAGGACGAGCUGGCUGGAGGUACCUACAUCCCCCUGGGCGGCGAGUUCGGCGGCGGAGGUGAUGGCAGUUUGGGCGGGCAGUGUCUGGACUACUGCGAAAGCCCCACGGCGCACUGCAACGUGCUGACCUGGGAGCAAGUGCAGCGGCUGGACAGCAUCCUGAGCGAGACCAUCCCGAUCCACGGGCGCGGCAACUUCCCCACGCUCGAGCUGCAGCCGAGCCUGAUCGUGAAGGUGGUGCGGCGGCGCCUGGCGGAGAAGCGCAUCGGCGUCCGCGACGUGCGCCUCAACGGCUCGGCCGCCAGCCACGUCCUGCACCAGGACAGCGGCCUGGGCUACAAGGACCUGGACCUCAUCUUCUGCGCCGACCUGCGCGGGGAAGAGGAGUUUCAGACUGUGAAGGACGUCGUGCUGGACUGCCUGCUGGACUUCUUGCCCGAAGGGGUGAACAAAGAGAAAAUCACGCCGCUCACGCUCAAGGAAGCUUAUGUGCAGAAAAUGGUUAAAGUGUGCAAUGACUCCGACCGAUGGAGUCUUAUAUCCCUGUCAAACAACAGUGGCAAAAAUGUCGAACUGAAAUUCGUGGACUCCCUGCGGAGGCAGUUUGAAUUCAGUGUAGAUUCUUUUCAAAUCAAGUUAGACUCUCUUCUCCUCUUUUACGAAUGUUCAGAGAAUCCGAUGACUGAAACUUUUCACCCCACAAUAAUUGGUGAGAGCGUCUACGGAGAUUUUCACGAAGCCUUUGACCACCUUUGUAACAAGAUCAUUGCCACCAGGAACCCGGAGGAAAUCAGAGGGGGAGGCUUGCUUAAGUACUGCAACCUUUUAGUGAGGGGCUUCAGGCCCGCCUCUGAUGAGAUCAAGACCCUUCAGAGGUACAUGUGUUCCAGGUUUUUCAUCGAUUUCUCAGACAUUGGAGAGCAGCAGAGGAAACUGGAGUCCUAUCUGCAGAACCACUUUGUGGGCUUGGAAGACCGCAAGUAUGACUAUCUCAUGACCCUUCAUGGAGUAGUGAAUGAGAGUACAGUGUGCCUGAUGGGACAUGAAAGAAGACAGACUUUAAACCUUAUCACCAUGCUGGCUAUCCGGGUGCUAGCUGAUCAAAAUGUCAUCCCUAACGUAGCUAAUGUCACUUGCUAUUACCAGCCAGCUCCCUAUGUUGCAGAUGCCAACUUUAGCAAUUACUACAUUGCACAGGUUCAGCCAGUAUUCACAUGCCAGCAACAGACGUACUCAACUUGGCUACCCUGCAAUUAAGAAUCAUUUUAAAAUAGCCUGUGGGGAAGCCGUUUCAGACAGGAAUUGGGGGGGAGGGGAAGGGAAAAAGUGGGACCCAGCCCGAUUAGGAAUGUGUUUUGUGCAAUGAUGAUAUGCUCUAAGGUUUAACUUCGGAGAAGCUUAGGGAUGUUUGCAUAGGUAUGGGAGUUUGAGCUUGAAAGAUCGCCCUCCCUGCCCUCCCUUUAUCUUCCUACCCAACUGGAUUCUGUCUGAAACAAAAGAGACCUGCCAUUAAAAACAACCAGGUUCUCCUAAGAUGACAAGAAGAAAAAUCACUUGAUGACAACAUGGGUUUGCAGUCAGCUGCUCCCAUAGCUUUGCUGUAAGAGGGGAGAAAAGUGGAACAGUUUAUUUUAAGGUGGACAUCACAAAAGGGAAAAUACGGAGGAGAAAAAUAUCUCACCUCCACUUGUUUAUGAGUUCCAAAGUUCAGAUAGUAACGGUACAGGAAGGAGGGAAACGCCAACAUUGACAUGACUGAGUUUGUAGCAGUUGUUUCUGUGGUGUGAAGAGAGAAGGCUUGCUCCAAAUGAACAGUGAUAGGUUGGUGCAGUUCUCAUAACAAACAGAAUUUAAGAUGACACAAUCCAUUAAUUUCAGCUGUGUGCAUAGCUCGCAUUUUUAAAGUGUGAAAAUGCAAGUAAAAACAGCUGUAGCAAAGAGAGUAUGCUCAAGGACCAAAGAUUUAUCAGAUUUUAAAAAAAAGUAGAAGAAAUAUAGCCGAAUAUAUGAAGAAUACUAUAUUUGUUACAGACCAAUACACAUCAAAGUGCCUGUUGCCUUCUGAAAAUUUUAAGUGGAAAAUUGUUUAAUGGUUUAAUGUUUAUUUUAUUUUAUCAGGGACUCAAGAGAAAAUAAAACAACAUAUAAGCUUGUGAAUGAUGGAGAAAAUGCCCUAUUUUUAUGGCAAAUACUUGUAUAAAAUUAACAUUGUUGCUAUGAUAUUGUAGGUAUCUGUGUGUAUAUUAGGUGUGUAUAUAUAUGUAUACAUAUAUAUAUACACAUUGUGUGUAUACACACAAUACAUUGACUAUGAUCUAGAAUAAUGUAUCAAAUAGGACAUGUUUACUAUAUGUUUUUAUGUUUUCAAAAGGAUGAUAUGAAACAAGGGCAUAUUGCAAUGAUGAGUUAAAACCUACAACUAAAGAGAUUAAAUGAAGGAAGAAAACAAGUAAUAUAUUUGAUAGAAAGAACAGAGACUAUACAUUUUUAAUGAGGCCUUUUUCCCUUUCCUUUUUUAUGAGCCAGGGAAUUCCACAAUAGAAUAUUUGUUGGCAGAUGACUCUUUUUAUACUAAGCUGCCAUUUGGACAGUUUGAACCCUUCCUCCCCUUUAAAAAAAUAAUUGUAUGCCUUCAUGGUAUAUAAUCCAUUGGAUUGUGAUCAGUGGUAGGGUAUUUAAAUUCCUAACUGCUUAAAAAAAAAAAAGAAUUUCUGGUGAUCUGAACACUACUUAUUAAUAUUUAAAUCAAUUCUAAUUAAUGCAGUCUGCAUUUCUGGACCACUAGAAUUUAGUAAAUGUGAAAUGACCCUUUUUAAAGAGUAUUUGCACAAUUGCUUAAAGUUUAUAUAUGAGAUAUAUAUUAUAUAUAAUAUUUUAUAAAUUCAUGCCAAUAUGAAACUUCUUUAAUCUGGUUGUCACACUGCAUUUAAAUAUUUAUUACUGUAAUUAAAUGACUUCUCAUGAAAUCAAGUCCAACCUUAUUUUGUCUUUUCUGGGAGACCAGUAUACUUUUGUGAAAUGAACUGACAUUACUAUUGCAGUUCAGUAAUGGCUGAUCCCCAGACUGCCCUUUUUCCCCAGCCCUGAAUUCCUCUAGACACUGGUCUCUGAAAAUGUAUGUGUUAAAAACCAGACCAACACAUAAAAACUUCCCUUUCUGUAGUGAAACAACCACAUCCUCCCCAUUAACCUUAGUGGAUGUUGCUUCCUAUGACAGUUCCUCUGAAUACUCAGCCAGAAUUGUGUUGUCAGUAGAGUACUGGGGGAGAACAUAGCAUCCACCUAUUGGCAGUGUAACAUGUUCGCUAGUUAUCUGGGUAGCUCUUAAAUGUCCAGUGCUGGAUUAAUUUGGGCAAAUCUACCUGGACGGAUUUUGUACAUUUCUCAGAAACCCUAACAGGAACCUGAUGAGUUUGCUGUCACAGCUUCCCUGUGAGUUCUCCAAGAGCUGACACGGCCCUUGCAUUGCCACCCACUAUUUCCAGGGGACACUUCUGACCCCCCUUUGGCUUUAUCUCUUCACUUCAGACCUGGAUUUGAAAAUUAACUGCAGUGUGCCAGGAAAGAUUUCAUGUACAUGUUAAGCCUCAUGCUUACCUUUUGGAAGAAACUAGAGCUCUGCCUGUUUAGCUGUUUGGAAGUUUAAACAAAACAAAACAAAACAAAAAAACACAAACAUAAGGCAAUGCUCAGAAACACGGAAGCCAUUGGUGACCUGCUUUCUUCUCAUCCCAACUCUUGACAAAUUAGCUGUUUACUCUUUUUAAAAAGUCUGGAGGUCUCUGACUCUGACAUAGCAACAACCUGCUAUUAAUUUAUGACACAGAUUUUUGUAUGGAGGAACCCUAUUUGAAAAUACACUCUCAUUCUCAAAUAUUUCUAUUCAGUUUUUUCCUUACUUCUGGGUUGGUAACUUAGUUGGAGGUGCCAGCACCUAGUACUGAGCUAGAACAGACUGUACUCAAGGCUAUUGUCAGCAUUUACUUUAAUAUGUAUAUAAUUUAUUUCUAUUUUGUAUGUACUCCAGUCUUGUGCAAAUGUAGUUGAAUACACAGUGGAUUAUAUGUCUCUUUUUGUGGAUACGUGGCCUAAACAUUUGAAUGUCUCGUAAGAGAGCCAUGUGUAUAGCUCAGAGAAAGGAAUAGCUCUCAGCUCCCAAUUAGUGCCUGUGUUUGCUUCCAUGUUUACUGGCCUUGUGUGCUGUAACUUUAAAACAGGAAGACAUUUUAUCUUCUGGAGGCUCUUCUCACCUGUCCAGUCAGCCAUGUCAGAGAAUACUUUGCCUGCUGCAGUGCCCUCUUAAAAAGUUUAGUUCAUUUGCAGUAAAUGCAGCUGUCCCCCGAACUCUUACAUCACGGUGGACUUGUCCUCUUCAGAAAUGGGAUCACAAGUAUCUGCUCACUUCGACAUUGUGUGGACUAUUAUAACACGGCUCCAAAAACUACAAGGAUAGAAAAUGAUCUGUAAUCCAAGGAAAGAAGGAAAUGGAAUGAAAAGUGAACAUACUGUUUUUCCCACCCCUUUCUGUUUGCUUACCGUUGGUUACUUUACUGUGCAUAUAAUUGUUUUCCUUGUAGUACUUGUAAAAUAAAUAUUGUGGACUAUUUUGUAAAUGAAAUGUACUGCGUUGAAAGCUGUCAGCAGUUUCAAAAUAAGCUUUUAUUGUUGUUGAAGUGCAUUAGAUGAAACCAAAAAGCCAAAAAAAGUAAUUUCAUAUAUAGCAUCUAUUUGAAUAUACUCAUUCUUUAAGAUUUCUUUUAGCAUAACCUUUUCAAUGCUAAGAAAUAAUCUAUGUAAUAUUUUGUUAUCAUAAUGGCUUGCUAACAAGGUAAAUGGUAAAAACACAUAGUAGGAAGAUGUCAAGGUAACUUGGCAAGACUUGCUGCAAAGCUUUGCAGAACGGAGGAGGCUCUGCCCACCACCGGCUGUCUCUCUCUCCAACCUCUCUACAUCCAUUGUCUGCUCUGAGGCAUCCUAUUGCAGCAAGCUGCACUUUGGGUCACUCUUUGGGGAUAUUUUGACUACAGACUGUGUCACAGGCAGAAAAGGAGUCAAUCGAACAUGGACUCUUAAAAACUGACAUGUUUUAAUCAGUGCUAGAGGGAUCAGAUUGUGAAUUUUGUUUACAGCAUCCAAUAUUUGGAUUUUUUUGUAAAUAAAAAGAAGUUAUUUUUUUCUAUUGAUUU